AUGUCCAUUCCAUGGAUUGACAUACAUUCCACUAUCUUGUGUAUAGAUGCCAUAGCCAUAGUNGAAUUAUGCAACGGUAGAUGUUAUACACCUGGUGUUCAGCAAUGUUAUGGGAAAAUCAUCUGCGCAUAUGACCAGAAACCGUGUGGUAAAAUUUGCUAUAAAGUUGGUAUACAGAAGUGUCUCAAUGAUGUAAUUUGCGCGUACAAUCAAAUAUUAUGUGGUGCUGCAUUACAGAACACACGUGAAACAGUAACUUUGAUUACGAAAAACUUACACAACAAAAAGUGCGCUUUUCAUGAAUAUAGCUUUGUAAUGUCUGUCAAACACUCUGUAAAUGAUGCAGAAGAUCACGAAGAUGGCAUGACUUACGAUGACGGAGCGGAAGAAUUGACAUUAGAUGAGCACAAAGCACAACUGGAAGCAAAAAGGAAGAGAAUGUUGACAAAGUUGCCGAAAUUACAAAUUCGACAGGCGGAUGAAGGUGUCGAAUUAAAAUUUUACCCAACGCUUCAGUGGGUGUAUCGAAAAAAUAAUGAUGCGGGUAAAAAAUGGCAACUUCUCAAUGACUAUAUCGAAGAAGAAGCUACUAAAAAAGCAAUGACAACACCGACGAUUGUUGAAACAGACGAUGGAUCACAUGAUUUCACCAAUAGCGAAGACAAUCAAGAUAAAGCAGAUGAGGAUGAAGAACAGUCGUCAAUCCCGAUACAAACAGAGCAUGUUUUGUCAACUACUGAAUUUAAAGAAGCAGCACCUCAACAUCCCUAUUUCCAUACGCAGUUCAGUGAUGAUUUCAGUGAUCGUACUAAUCAUUUUUCUACGUUUUAUUACUAA